CCUCUAGUAAUAAUAGUCGAAUGGCUCUGGUUUCCUCUUGCGCCCGGCCCAGUUUUUCCGUUUUAGCUUAGCUGUCAUAGGCUGUGCUGCCGCUUUCUCUGGGAAAGGACGUUCACAACAAAAAUCGAGCAACGCCACGUCGCACAAACAGGACAGGAGGGGAGAGGGGUGUGUGCGCGCGCGUGCUGUCCCCAAAUGGAUGAGAAAUAAUGGAAAGGAGGCGCUGGCGACCGUGUGAUGAAGUAACACUGCUAGGCCCGGGACUAGUCGGGCUCCGGCCUCGGGUCUAGAGGGACAAGGUUGGGGGCCGGGUGGCAGACGCGGCUGCUAGUCUUCCCCCAGCGCGAGGGUCGUGGCGGGAAGCGGGGACGGGGCGCCUGCUCGGAGCCUUCUCCCCGCCCCGCCCCGCCCAAGGGUCUUCCUCCCCCAGAAUUCGGAGCGGCCCCUCCUCCAGGCCAGGCUCGCCGCGGGGCGCUGAGCAGGCCGGGACACCGCGGCCGAGGUUAUCGUUAGGCAUCUCCCAGGCGACCGGCUCCGCAGCAAGAUGGCGGACGAGAAAGACAGGGAAGAGAUAAUAGUAGCAGAAUUUCACAAAAAAAUCAAGGAAGCAUUUGAAGUGUUUGACCAUGAGUCGAAUAAUACAGUGGAUGUGAGAGAGAUCGGAACAAUCAUCAGGUCAUUAGGAUGCUGCCCUACUGAAGGAGAGCUGCAUGAUCUGAUUGCAGAGGUAGAAGAAGAAGAACCCACUGGAUACAUUCGAUUCGAAAAAUUUCUUCCGGUGAUGACGGAAAUACUACUAGAAAGGAGAUACAGACCAAUUCCAGAAGAUGUCCUUCUUCGAGCUUUUGAGGUUUUAGAUUCAGCUAAACGUGGAUUUCUUACUAAGGACGAACUGAUCAAGUAUAUGACUGAGGAAGGUGAGCCUUUUUCUCAAGAGGAAAUGGAAGAAAUGUUGUCUGCUGCAAUUGAUCCAGAAUCAAAUUCAAUUCAUUACAAGGACUAUAUAACAAUGAUGGUGAUAGAUGAAAAUUAAAUGUUCUAAAGAUAAUUUCUAAUUGAAAGGACAGUGUUAGAAAUUGUUUCUCCUUGUUAAUUUCACAUCUAAGAUAAGAGAAUCUACGGAAUCUUAGGAUUCCUGUAUGUGAUAUUUAAUACCUUGUGACAUAAUUAUUUUAAGAUACUUUGUUUUUAAAGAUGAUCAUAACACUUUAAAACAAAUUUAGUAUGUCUAGCCUUACAGAAUGAUAAAUUACUAUUUAUUUAAAAACGAUUCUUAAAACAUUUUAACGUUAGAAUUGUUAUUUUCUAUAAUAAAACUCAGGUAACCUUCAAAUUAAUUAAGUUGACAAAAUGAAAAUGACUGUAGUGACCCAAGGUUUGGCAUAUAAAGAUCUUAAGAGGGGGCAGAAUGACCAGCACUUGACAAUGAGGAGCAAUAUAAUGAAGGCUUCCUUUUUCAAUAAUAACAAACGCUUCAUCAAUCUGAGUGUGGAAGGAGAUUUAUCAAAAUAAAUAUUAAUUGAUUUGUUAUGAGUGCCAAUUACGAAUGUUAUUUGGGAUUGUAAUAACUGAAUGUAAACAUUUAUAUCUGCUGAUCCAGCAUGUCACCUUUUAUGGAGUAGCUAAAGGAGUUGAGAUCAUUGAAACUGAAGAAAAGAAGGCUGAGUGGACAUUGAUAGUGUAAGGUAGUGGCAAUUCUCUCUUUGUCUUUAGAAUUGUCACCUACUCAGUAUAUCUGUCAUGGGACUAUUGUCCUGAAUACUGAGUAAGAAUGCUGAGAAAUGUGAUGGUGUGCAAAUGUGCAGCUCCUGACAGAGCAGAAUGGAGUGACGGGGACGCCUCUGAGCACAAGCAGGCACAAUGGAAAAAUAGUCACUAUAUGGCAACUUACAAGCAAAGGGGAAGAUAAGGUAAAGGAGAAUGAACAAUUUUCCCAACUUAGAUAUUCUUUUAUAACAAUACACACACACACACACACACACACAGAGAUCUCUAUGUAAAGAUGGCUUUACCACUGUAUGUAUGUGUCUACGUAGAUGUAAACAUUUCAAGUUGCUGGGAGCCUUCCUCAGGCAUGCUGUCUUGCCCCCGAAAGAUGCGGCCACUACCCAAGAGACUGUCACUGUUCGUUCAUUCAUGAAACAUUGAAUGAGUAUCGUGAGAUAAUGUGCUAGGAACCAGAGUCCCUAACGAAUCCAGGUCCCAGUUCAGUGCAGGAAGCCUGCAAGUCCAUCAGCAGCCACAGUUCAGACAGGGGCACGUUCAGGGUACCGUGGAAGCACAGAAGAGGGGCAGCUACUCGGCCUUGCAGGGAGGGAGCUUUCUGGGAGAUGAAAGGUGCUAGUGAGCAGAGAAGGCUUCCCAGGACAGGAAGCACCUGACUUUACAAUGAGAAGUUUAGUAAGUGGGCGGUGGGGCACAGGGCAUUUCAGCAGGUGAGUGGCAAGUCCAAAAACCCUAGAGGUGUCAUGAAACAUGGAACCACCUGGGAAUUGAAAGCAGCUCAGUAUGUUUGGAAGGUAGGAGAUUUGGGGGGUCAUGAUGAGAGGUGAAACUGGAGCGGUAAACAAGCUGUAUCAUUAAGAAUAUUGGGUUAGGUGCUGAGUUACGGUUUCAGGGUGAGAGUUUGGACUUUAUUCUGAAGAUCACAGAGAAAGAUCAUUUGUAAGCAGCAGGGAAAAUAGAUUUGAUAGGUCAAGACUAGAAGUGAGAUCAGUUUGUAGGCUAUUUGGUUGGUGGGAGGGGAUAGACUGAGAAAAGUCAAGCAUGAAUCCCAGGUUUCUGGCUCAGACGAUGGGUAAAAGUGCCAUUUAUUCAGAUAAGAAAUCCAAGGAGCAAGUGGGGCAUUGGUGAGCAAAAUGGUGAGGCUGGGUACAGACACCUUUGGAGCUCAGCAUGUAAGUAGCUUGAAAGGAAAAGAAGAGAGUCUAGAACAAAACCACGGGGAACGUCAGCAUUUACGGGAAGGCAGAGGAAGAGGAGCCCGCAAAAGAGACAGGAAGGCGAAGCCUGAGAAGAGGGAGAGCUGGAAAGAAGCAUCUUGGAUGCCGAGAUCGGAGAGAAUCGCAAGGAGGAGGCAGUGGCCAUGCCAGAUGUAGUGGAGAGGAGAGGGAAAUUAAAGACGGAAAAAACGUCCAUUGGUGUUAGCAAUGAGAGUUCAUGGAGGGCCUCUCCCAGGGCAGAUGUGGGGAAGCAACAGGGUAUGGAGUUGAGUGGACUGAGGAAGGAAUGGAUGUGAGAAGGUUGCAGCCUGGAGGACAAGUUACUCGGCAGUGAAGAGAAGGAAACAGCAGGCUGGGGGAGUGAUUUUUGGAAGAUGGGCAGAUAUAGCAAGUUCAUUUCUCGUCCGAGGGCUGAGAGCCCGCAGAGAGGGUGAAGGGAGGGGCCGGCUUCCAGAGCAAUACAGAGAUUUAGGAACAAUGAACCAACGCCUGUGGUCCCUACCUCAUGGCCUCUACUGCCUUUUGGAGAGGAAGGUAGUAGGUUAUAGAGCUUGAAGAGAAUGGUGUAACUUUAGAAUAUCUCUUGUGGGAAAUGGGGAAAAGAGUUGAGAGAGCCCAUGUAAGGAUUUUCAAGAAACCCUGGAAGGUUUUGUGCUCCGGAGCAAAGGGUAAGGCUUCGUCAUGUGGGUGAGGUGGAAGGAGCCAAAGGCCGAGGAAUCUACAAGGAAGCAGUUCCGAGGGUGUCCGUGGCUACCAUUAGGGAAGGACCCAGGUAGGAGGACUGGCUAACAGAUGGGAGGGUUAGAGGGCUCGGGGCUCUAAAAGGGCAAGUGGCUGGUGUUGGUAGCAAGGGGUGGUCUUUCCUACCAUUCCUGAGUGAUAAUACGUUUCCUUUGAAAUUGGACUUCACUGUGUUCUUAGCGUGUUUCUUUUCUUCUCCUGUGUUAUUAUAUGAAUAAAUAGUAAGAGUGGC